GUCACUGCGCCAUCUACAGCUAAGCGUCAAAACAGUUCACACUCGUCUUGGAUAGCCCCGAUGACUGCGGUGUCGAGGUUCAGUCAGCCGUCUCCGAAUCGUCUGCAUAAAAGACUGGGGGAGACGAAGACAAAGAUGGCUGAGUGAUAAUGAGACUGCCCAGCUCGGUGCUUGUCUCGGUCUCCCUGUUCACAGCUGAGACGACGGCUGCGUUGUAUUUGAGCACCACGUAUCGGUCCGCGGGAGACAAAAUUUGGCAGGGCUUCACGCUGCUCUUCACGCUCCUCCCGUCAGUCCUCGUGCAGCUCACCCUGAUAUUUAUCCACCGGGACCUCAGCCGGGACCGACCUCUCGUGCUUCUGCUACACAUACUGCAGCUGGGGCCGAUUAUCCGGUGCCUGGAGGCGUUCUGUAUCUAUGGCAGCGCGGGCACGUUCGAGGAGCCGUACGUCACCAUCACGCGGAAGAAGCAGAUGCCGCGGGGGGGGCGGGGGGGGCGGGUGGAGGAGGUGGAGCGGGAGGUGGGGCAGGCGGAGGGCAAGCUGAUCACCCACCGCGCCGCCUUCGCCCGCACCUCCGUCAUCCAGGCCUUCCUAGGCUCCGCCCCCCAGCUCACACUCCAGCUCUACAUCUGCGUCCUGCAGCAGGGAGUGUCCAUCGGGAGAGGCACCCUGAUGGUCAUCUCUCUGCUGUCCAUCGUGUACGGGGCGCUGCGCUGCAACAUCCUGGCCAUUAAGAUCCGCUACGACGACUACGAGGUGGACGUGCGGCCGGGCGCGUACCUGUGCAUCUUCCUGUGGCGCAGCCUGGAGAUCGCCACGCGCGUGGCCGUGCUGGUGCUCUUCAGCUCCGUGCUGCAGGUGUGGGUGCUGCCCGUGGUGGCGCUCAACUUCCUGCUCUUCACGCUGCACCCGUGGGCGCUCUUCUGGCGCAGCGGCUCGCCCUUCCCCGAGAACAUCGAGAAGACGCUGACGCGCGUGGGCACCACCAUGGUGCUGGCGCUGCUCACCUUCCUGUACGCCGGCAUCAACAUGUUCUGCUGGUCCGCCGUGCAGCUGCGCCUCUCCGACCCCGACCUCAUCGACCAGACGCACAGCUGGCGCCGCGUGGCGGGCUACUACGGCGGGCGCCUCGUGGAGAACGGCGCGCUGACGCUGCUGUGGCACGCCUUCCAGACGGACGUGUACCGCGCCGUGGACCAGCUGGCGCUCGCGCUGCUGCUGACGGUGGGCUACCUGAUGGCCAUCUUCUUCAUGCUCAUGUUCUACCAGUUCUGCCACCCGUGCCGUCGGCUCUUUGGCGCCAGCGCAGCGGCGGGCAUGUGCGAGUGCUGCGGGCCCUCCUGCCUGCUGCUCCACGGGCAUCACGCCGCACAGGUGGCGCCCGACCACCACAAGCAGCCCCCCCUCACCGACGCAGACAGCACCGGGGGCACCUUCGCCACCAACGGAGACCUCAGCCAGAGCUUCUCCAGCAACGCCUAACCCCCCCCCGCCCCCCCCUUCUCUUGCACACUAGACAAGUGCUCCUGCAGAGGAGAGGGGCAACAAUAACCCCCCCCACCCCCCCCCCCUCUCUUGCACACUAGACAAGUGCUCCUGCAGAGGAGAGGGGCAACAAGACUGGACAACGCCUAACCCCCCCCCCCUCUCUUGCACACUAGACAAGUGCUCCUGCAGAGGAGAGGGGCAACAAGACUGGACAACGCCUAACCCCCCCCCCCUCUCUUGCACACUAGACAAGUGCUCCUGCAGAGGAGAGGGGCAACAAUAACCCCCCCCACCCCCCCGCCCCCCCCCCCUCUCUUGCACACUAAACAAGUGCUCCUGCAGAGGACAGGCAACAAGACUGGACAAGCCAAUGAAGACCAUUUGCUUUGCCUUGGAACACCCCAUGCUGGACCGUAGGAGGGAGGCUCAGGACCCGAGCUGACCCCUGGUUGGACCGUAGGAGGGAGGCUCAGGACCCUAGCUGACCCCUGAUUGGACCGUAGGAGGGAGGCUCAGGACCCUAGCUGACCCCUGAUUGGACCGUAGGAGGGAGGCUCAGGACCCUAGCUGACCCCUGACUGACCCCGGCAGCAUGGCCGUGAUGAUCAUCGUAGUUGUAAACCUUCCCAGAGUGCAUGUGGGCGACCUUUAACCUUCGACGCUUAUACAGAAGUGCUGCUUUUGGUCAUGUGAUGUCCGUGUUUGUUUCAAUAUUGUCGUGUUUUUCUGUUUAUCUUUGUGACGUUUACUUACUGAAUUACUCUCUUAUUUAAACUUUGAUAUAUUUAUUUGAUGAUUGUAUGGCUUCCACCUGUCCACUAAUGAGCCGCAUGGCCGUCCUCCACGGCCCACUUAAAGCACACACUCAGGUUUCUUCCAAAAGUACUCCGUCUUUGUUCAUGAAAUCAUUUGCUUCAGACAAAGACAGACAGUAUUCUGUCUUUUGUAUAUAAAAGCAUUUUCACAUCAGCCACUAUUCUAGGCUUAAUGCCUGCUACUAAAAAAAAACAAAUGUAGCCACAUUUAUUUCACAAAGUACCGGAAGAGCUGGCACAUUUUAGGGCCUUACUUUCAGAUGCGUACCUUUGAUCAGUGGUCGGGUGUUUGAAGAGCAACGCUGACACGAUGCAAAAGCAGACAUUAAAACAUCAGCAUUCUUUCUUUUUUUUAAAGUUGAAACUUUGACCUGGAUGCUACAGUGAGCCUUCAUCUGUGUGCAGCUGAUGCGAUCAUGAGCCUUCUGUUCAUCUGUGUAAAGCUGUGAAUGAAACGUGUAUUUGUUUACUUUGUAUUUUUACUAUCCUGCUUGGCACCUGUUGCACGUGUAUUUUUACAGAUUUGCUAAAGAAAGGGACCACCUGUUGCACAUUCAUUAUUGUAAAGGAAAGGAUUGAAAAGAAGAGAAAAAAAAAUGUGUCAGACAAAGACUGCUUGUGAACAGUGCUGCCACCUGGUGGUGAAGGUCCUCUUGUUGAAUGUUGAGUUUUGAGACAAAUGGCAUUGAGCGUCAGCUAACAGCACUGAAUGCUAACCACCUUUUUUAUACACUUUUGUCAUUUAAGCAGAACCAUAAUAAAGACUCAAUAGAUAAAAAGAA